AUGACUGACCGCAGAGGUCCAGAGAAGUUCAUCAAAUGUGUGGUUGUGGGCGACGGGGCGGUGGGCAAGACCUGCUUGUUGAUGAGUUACGCCACCAACAAAUUCCCGUCCGAAUACGUGCCGACCGUGUUCGACAACUAUGUCGUGACAGUGACAAUUAAAGAGACACCCUACCAGUUAGGAUUGUUUGAUACAGCUGGCCAGGAGGAAUAUUUAAGUCUGCGGAUUCUGUCAUACCCAGAGACAAGUAUUUUCCUGGUGUGUUUCUCCGUCGUCAUGCCUGAAUCGUUAAAACAUGUGGAGUCUAAAUGGGUUCCAGAAAUCCUCCACAGUGUCCCGCAUGCUCCCUUCAUCCUCGUUGGGACACAGUGUGAUCUGAGAGAUGAUGAAACCACCAAACUGAAGUUACAGAAAAGACGACAGAGAGCGUUAUCAACAGAAGAAGGUCAACGAAUGGCCAAGAAGCUGGGGGCUGACUGCUAUGUUGAAUGCAGUGCUCUCUCAAGGCAAGGGCUCAAGGAUGUUUUCGAUGAAGCCCUGCUGUCUGUCCUUGAACCUAGGCACACAGAACCAGAAAAGAAAAGAAAGAAACACCACUGCCUUAUAUUGUAA